AGAUGCUGGUGUAUUGGGGAGAGAGAGAGAGAGAGCAGUUGAGUUGAGUCUUCAUUUCCGAUCAGCAGAAUUCCAGAAGACUCGACAGUCCUGGAACCAAAUCACAAAAUCUGGUCAACAGCCAAGAACAACAACUUCGAACAACAACCAACAACAAACACUAACCAAAACAAUCAAGAAUCAAGAUGCCAGUACCAGCAACCGAACUACCGAUACUAGAAGCAUUAGUCAACAUUCGAGCAAGGCUAACGAAACUCAAGAAAGACCGAUCCGAAUAUAUUCGUGCAUGCGAUGUAAUGCAAAUCUAUGCCGCUGUAAUUAAACAAGUGAACAAAUUAAACGAAGUACGAGAUGAAUCGGCAAACGACCAAGCAGCAAGUAGUGAACAAGAAGAGCAAGAACCCAACCCAUCUUCGCAUGAGACCCAUCACACCAACAAUCGAGUGGACACUACUCUCAAUGACGUCUUUCAACUCCUCAGUUUAUUCUUCUUGACGAUCGGGAAAAGCAGGGAAUCACCGGCAGCUUAUUGUCAAUUAGCCACCAUGAAGCAAUUGUUAGAUCAUAUGGACGAAUCUGGAGUGUACACAGAAACCGACCUGAAACCGUUCCAAUCACGUCUAGAUGAACUCAAGACGAUCAUCAUCCGAGACGAAGAUAAAGAGAUUGCAGCAAAGAAAGAGGCCGAAGUAGAAGGAGUGCCGGAUGAAGAGUUACAUCCCGAAGGAUUGACGAAACUGUUACUCCGGAAAUGGGAAGAAUGUAAUAAGAUGCUCAAAUCAUUAUUGGCCUCGCUAUCAGUUCUCUCAGUAGAACUAGUACCGAUCCACCAACGACUGAUAACGAUCCGUCGCCAACUAGCAGCCAUGGCAGCGCGCAAGCCUACGACGGCCGAAUUGACGACGGUCCAAGAGGAGUUGAGGAAGAUCGAUUCGAAGCGGAUCGACGGGAAGUUUCUAGGGCCCGGUGGGGCCUCUGUGCCCGAAGGACAGGCAAUCCUCACCGGCCUGCUCGAGGAAAACUUCGAGAUCUGCCAGGAAAUCGGCGCGAGAAAGGAAGACGUCUCGCCCACCUUACAGCCUAUCUAUGAACGUCUUUGCGACCUCAAGGCCGCUUUGGAACGGCUCACUUUGACUCAUCGGUGGACGUUGAGAGAAACCGAUCUGUAUAACUUUCAAGUCUCGCUGCAGGAAUUAGAUGCGAUGAGGGUCGACGGAAAAUUUGUAGAUGCUGAAGGAAACAAACCGGAAGGCCAACUAGUAUUACACUACUUAUUACGAAGAUGUUACGGGUUAAUCUACCGGCUGAUGUCGUCAUCGGAGCCGAUCUCGGAGGAACUGAUGCCGAUAGCCAACAAGCUGUCGACGCUGAAGAAGUGUCUGAACGAGGUUCUGAAGUACGGGGGCGACGGCCUCUCGCCGCGCGACUUGUAUCCCUACCAACUCGCUCUCGCCCAGAUCGAUAACCUCAGAAUCGACGGCAAGUUUAAGGGCAAAGACGGCACUAUCCCUGAGGGACAGGCUAUCCUUAAUGCUAACCUUGGAGAAUGUCAUGAAUUGUUGAACACUUUGAGAGAAUCAAUGGAACGUGGAUAAAAAAACACACACACAAUAACAGACCAUCGUCUUUAGUUUACCUUUCCAUUCUAUCUUUUCUAUGUUCUGCUUCCUGUUUUUUUUUGUAUCAAAAUCUACAUGUUUUUUUGUUUGUUGUUGUUCACAAAGAAAAAAACCAAUCCAAAAAAAAGAAGAAAAUCAAAACUUUAGUCAUGGGUCCUGUGAUAUCAUCCAUCUCCAAAUACAUAUGCCCUUAACUUGUUCUUUUACAGUUCUCUUUUUUGUUGUUGUUGUGGAAAGUUUUGUAAAUAACUAUUAUACGUAUAUAAAAAACAAUUCAAC